CAUGUAAAUUAUUCAUAUAAAAGCUUUAUAGUAACUGUUACUGUCAGUGAGAUCAGAGCAAGCGUGUGAUGUUUGUAAAGAGCAUGUGACCUUAAUUCAAACCUGGACCUCAGAAUGAUCAGCAGGAUAUUGAUUACUCUGGUCUGAAGCUCAGGUAUGAGGAAGAAGAAACCUCAUCUGUGCGAGCACUCUUCCUGUCUGUGAGAUGUUCCCCCUCAGCGUCAGUGGGACUCAAACCCACCAUCUCCUGUUUACCACCUGCAGCUCACACCUGAAGCAGGAGAAGAGGAGUCGCCCCUUGCUGGGCAUUGGACAGAACGCAGGUUUAAGGAGCUCUGUGUGUCUGAAGAACGGUUUCGUUCCUGCUCGGUCUUGUUAAUUGAUCCGUGGUUGUGUCUCGAAGCAGCCGGCUGAAUUCACUGUUGUCUACCAGGGUUUCAGCUCAACCCCCCACCCCCAUUAAGCCCACGCUGAACUGCACGCGCUUUUACCUUUGUCCUUAUCCAAAGGUCAAAGGUCAGACACUUUCUGUUACAGAGUUAUUUCAGGACUUUAUGAGAAAUUUGUAGGACUUUUGAUCACUUACACUGUUAUCCUGACAUGUGUUUGUGUGUCUGUGUGUGUGUGCCAUGUUUAGAUUGUUGUGAGGACCAGAAAUUGGAACACUACUAUGCUUGUGGGGACCAAGAGGCCUUAUGGGGACAAAGUGCCCGUCCCCACAAGUUUGAAGACAUUUUUGAGACUCAAAAUGUGGUUUUAGCGUCACAGUUAGAUUGUGGUUAGGUGUGUGUGUUUUGGUAGCUGUGUGUCUGUGUAUGUUUAGUUGCAGUGUGUCUCGGCGUCUGGCGGGGAGAGGCCCCGGCUGUCCCAAGCUCCAGGGGCCGCGCAUGCGCCGUGUGGCGGGCUUUCCACAUCGAGGCUGUGAAGUGUCGGAAGUUUGUCGGAGAGAGGCCGAACAGAGGACGCUGUGAGUGAACCAAAGAGUGUUUUAAAGGCGAAAAAAGUGUGUGAGGACGCGCGGGGGAAGUCUGCAGAGCACCCCGAAGGCCCGUCGAUGGGUUUGAGCCGCUUCCCGCUGGUUAAUCGGCGCAGACAGCAGCGUUAGCGGCGGCUGGAAGAAGUUGUAAUUGUUUUUUGGCGCUCAGCGGCGAAGAGGAAAGAUGGAGGAUCUGCGGCUGUAGCCGCGGCUAACGCUAGCUGCCCCAGCGUCUUCUCGGCCCCAAUCCGAGCUGCCGAGCGGUCCCGAGGGCGUCCCGCGGUUUGGAUGCUCCCAUCGGACACGGCGAAGUAGCCUCAGCUGCUGUUCCUGUUUGACCCCUGACGGCUCUGAGGAUGGAAGCAGGGCUACCGGAGGCAGGAUCUAGGUGAGUCCACCAAUCGGGGAGCAGCGUGCGUGCGUCGUCUGGGUGCUGCCAUGUUUCCUCACGUGCCUUCUCCUUGCUGCAGACAUCAGAUGGUGCUCUGAAGAAGCCAUGGGUAGCUGCCUAAGCUGUCCAGAGAAAGAGUCGAUUCCAGAUAAUCAUCAGAGUAAAUUCAAGGUGAUCAAUGUGGACGACGAUGGGAACGAACUGGGCUCAGGAGUGAUGGAGCUGACCGAUGCCGAGCUCGUCCUCCAUACCCAUCGCCGCGAUGACGUCAGGUGGCCUUACCUGUGCCUGCGCCGCUAUGGCUACGACUCUAACCUGUUCUCGUUCGAGAGCGGCCGCCGCUGCCAGACGGGCCAAGGUAUCUUUGCCUUCAAGUGUGCUCGUGCUGAGGAGAUCUUCAACAUGCUGCAGGAGGUGAUGCACAGCCACAGCAUCAGCGUGGUGGAGGAGGCUGUGCUGGAACCCAGCCCCCAGGCGGCGCUCACGCCUGCAGCUCUCGGCUACUCGGUGCCGUCUGUGCCAAACGGUGUCACGCGGAUCCCAUCUGUGGGCGAGGCACCAUCUCACCCCUCCAGUCGUCACCCGUCUGUGGCGAGCACCCGGCUGCCGUCGGUGGGGGAGGAGUCCACGCACCCUCUGCUGGUGGCCGAUGACGCGGUACACACCUACGUCAACACCACGGGGCUCCUGGAGGAGCAGCCGAGCCCGCUAACUGUCACCACCCCGCUGGAGAGCCCUACCUCUCCACAGUCUCAGUGUCCGCCGACGCCUCCGCCCCCUCCGAGGGUCCGCGGGGAGCCGCCGCCUCCGACGCCCGCCCCAGCAGAGCCACAGGUGUUGCUGGAGCCACAAGGCGUGCGUUUUGUGCUGGGCCCCACGCCUGUUCAGAGGCAGCUGAUGGAGCGGCGGCAGAAGGAGCUGAAGGAUGCCGCCGAGCACCAAGAGACUAACGGCCACGGCGAGAAGCCCACCGAGCCUGAACCUGCCGCCACACACUCCAACGGCUCGUCGGCUCCUCGCCGCCACCGCCCGCCCCCCCUCACACCCGACCUGCAGAAUGUCAAUAACUCGGCCCAGCGGCGCACGGCCCUGCUGGACUAUGAGAACCUGCCGGUGCUGCCGCCCGUGUGGGAGGCGAGGAAGCCGAGCUCCGAGGACGAGGAGAAGAGCUGCGGCGGCUCCAAAACGCCGUCGCUCAAUGGCUACAACCACCAUGCCCACCACCACCUGCACCACUCCUAUUCCCACCCGUUGUCCGCUGCGCUCGAAUCCUCGCACAACUACGUCAACACAGAGAACGUCACGGCGCCGCUCAGCGCCCACCGGCCUGACACGGCCCGCCGCCGCGUUGAUGGGCCCACCAUCUUCAACUUUGACUUUCGCCGGCCGCUGGUGUCGGGCCACGGCGAGCCGCCCAAGACGCUCAACUACAUCGAGGUGGAGAUGGACGGCGGGGCCGGGAACAAAGGCGCCUCGGACGGGAGCAAUCCCCACACGCCGCGCACCCCCUCCUCGCCGUUGCCCCCCACCACCCCCACCCGCCGCACCGAACUCUACGCCCUCAUCGACAUCGAGCGCACCGCUGCCAUGUCCAACUUACAGAAGGCACGGCCGCGGGACGACGGCACGUCACGCAAGACGAGACACAACAGCACGGAGCUGCCCACCAAAAGCACGGCGUGACCCCCCCGUUUUUACUCUGGGCUCCACGCCGAGCCGCACACGGACUCCAUGAGCCGGACACUUCCUGCAGACAGACUGAUGAUGACAUACCUCUGCUGGAGGCGGCGUGCUGAUGAUGUAAUAGACUUCCUUAUAUGGUACAAAUCAGUAUUACUGAACAAAGCAUUCCAUUUAGCCUUUUAUACGAGUCACUACGUGCUGCUGUAAGUCACUUAUGUUCUACAUGUACAGUAGAUGUGCCACAAUAAAAGUCUGGUUUUAUUUCUACUGCA